AUGUGAAUGGAAUAGAAUCAGCGCGAGAGGAAGAAAGAGGGAGGAGGACAGCGCAAAUCAACCUGCCCCUUGACUUUAACAACAGAAUAGAGCCGGCAGACACAGAGAUCGGGAAGUGUGCGUGCGUGCGCUGCUGUUUUAUUUUAUUUUUGGAGAGAGGAAGAGAAGAUCAGACAGGAGGAACUGAGGGAGGAGGAGGAGGAGAAGGAGCCUCACCGUGGAGAUAGAUAGCAGAAAAAUGCUGUCACGGGGAGAGAAGGGGAGGGAGUCGGCAGAGAGGAACAGGAUGAAACAAGGCAGGGUUGAGCAGAACUGAAAUGUGGAGCUUGACCUGACUGGAUGAAAAGGAAGGAUGUGCGAUGACCUUAAAGCGUUGUGUCGGUGUUCCCGGACAGGAGGAUGUGAUAUUUUUCUACAAUCUCAACUUUCUUGCUGGACAGUUCAGUAGAGUGAAACCCCAACCUUGCAGGUUGCCGGUGGAUAAGACCGAAAGAGAGGCCGCAGGCACUGAAAGCGUGCAUACGGAAGGACACUGUGUUGAUACAUAAGGAGCCUCUCUUACUCAGAGGACACAGAGUCAGGCUCCAGUGAUGAUCCUCACAUCCUUUACAGGAAGGAGCACCCCGCAACUGGAGUACCACCUAAACACACAUCUGCACACCUGGAUGGACCGCUGCAGAAAGCAGGAGCACUUUUUCGCGUGUCUUCAUCUUCCACACUUGGGAACGUAUUGACAGAGCGCAGUGUCUCACACAGCAUCUGUGAGAGCCUGAGGGUGGAGAAGAAGGUCAGCCUUCGUAAGUGGUGUGAAUGAGGACUAAGUUUGCUGCUUUCGCUCAGUGUUCCCAUUUCACACCAGCGCCAUAGAGACCGGGACAACAAUUUAACUGGGGGGGGUGGGGUUAGCGGGAAGCCCUGGAGCAGAGUGGAGAAAAGACCGCUGGACUGGAGUUGGUUUGUCAGGUGGACACCAUGCAGUCGGACGACCUCUUCAUUCGCAAGUUUCGCCGUCAGAAUCAGCGGCCGCCUAUCGCAGCAGUCAACUUUGACCCCAAGAGGGAAACGGGUGUAGUGGAGUGGCCGCCAAGAAGGGACGGCGAUGGGGCCGAAGCGGACAGCCUCACCCCGAGCCGCGCCGGGUUGACCCUGCGGUCCAUGGGCCGGGGGCACAUCAUGCAGAGAAGUAACAGCGACGUCACACUUGGGGACUUGGACUCCUCUGGGAAGGCGGGGGGAAAAACAGCGCGAGCGGUUGGUGAGAAGGUGGAUGCUGGGGUUCAGGGAGACACAGGUGUGCUGUUACACAGGGAGUACGGCAGCCUGUCAUCCCUCGAGAGACAGACUCAAGCCCAGGAGCCAAGAGCAGACGACCAGGGACUCCUGAGUCCAAGUGCCCUCCGCUUCAAAGACCCUUUCCUGCUUUUAGGGCUGCAGGGACACCCUCCAGAACCCGAUGGAUACUUUCGAGGUGUUUGCACGGUGGAUGGCCCAAAACCCGUUAAGCCACCAAAGCCUGAAGGUCUUAGCAAAAAGUCUAAACCCACGACCUCUCAGGUCCCUCAACCAGUCCCAUAUGACAACAUCGUGGGCGGAGCCUGGGUGAGGAGCUUUGCUCACUAUGACGUGCAGAGCAUCCUGUUUGACCUAACCGAGGUAGCCACAAACAGAGACAGCAUUGGACGGAAAAAGAAUAUCACCUCAGGGGCUUCAGCUGCCUCCCAGCCCCGUCCCCUCUCCCUGUCCACCCCGUCCUCACCUGCGCAGGGCGGGGGUGGCAACACGGGGAACGCAGAAGACAACGAACAGUCAAUGAUGCUAGACGAAGGUGAUGGCAACGAUAACGAGCUCCUCCUCAGCUGCCCCCACUUCCGCAACGAGACUGGAGGAGAGGAGCAGGCGGGCCUGGGUCGAUCCCAGGGAAGGAAGGGACUCUGGUCUAGCCUUCGCAUCCCCAACGAUGCAGUUUCGGUGCUGGAAGAGCCCAGAGAGAGCAAUGUGCAGCAGCAGGGCAAGAGCAACUACUUCAUAGAGCAUGCUGAUCUGGGAGCCCAUUACUAUCGCAAGUAUUUCUACAUGAAAGAACAUCAGAAUUUUUUUGGAAUUGACGAGCGCCUCGGGCCGGUGGCCAUCAGCUUCCGCCGAGAGGAGAAAGAAGGAUCCAGCGGCGCUCAGAACAACUGUAGAAUCAUAUUUCGCACCACAGAGCUGAAGACUCUGCGAGGUUCCAUCCUGGAGGAGUCGGUGCCCUCUGCGGCUCGACACACGACCCCCAGAGGCUUGACUCCCAAGAGGCUGUUGGAGUUCAUCAUGCCUGAGCUGAACCAGCACUGCCUUCGCUUGGCCUCAAACUCCCCCAAGGUGCGGGACACCCUGCUCAAACUGGAUGAACAGGGGCUGAAUUUUCAGCGAAAGGUUGGGAUAAUGUACUGCCGGGCCGGGCAGAGCUCAGAGGAAGACAUGUACAACAACGAGAGCUCCGGGCCAGCAUUUGAGGAGUUUCUGGAUCUGCUCGGGGAACGGGUGCGACUGAAGGGCUGGGAAAAAUACCGAGCUCAGCUGGACAACAAAACCGACUCAACUGGGACACAUUCGCUCUACACGCGCUACCAGGACUACGAGAUUAUGUUUCAUGUGUCCACCAUGCUGCCCUACACAGCCAACAACACACAGCAGUUGCUGCGGAAGCGCCACAUCGGUAACGACAUUGUGACGAUCGUGUUCCAGGAGCCGGGCGCUAUGCCCUUUACUCCAAAGUCCAUCCGCUCCCAUUUCCAGCACGUCUUCAUCAUCGUGCAAGUUCACGAGCCCUGCACCGAGAACACCUACUACAGGGUGGCUGUGACACGCUCUAAAGACAUCCCAUUAUUCGGGCCUCUGUUCCCCAAAGGUGCCCGAUUCCCUCGCUCGGCCGCUUUCAGAGACUUCCUCCUGGCGAAGGCGGUCAACGCUGAAAAUGCUGCAGAGAAGGCAGAGAAGUUCCGCUCCAUGGCCACCCGUACGCGUCAGGAAUACCUGAAGGACCUGGCAGAAAACUACGUGACCACCACGCCCAUAGACUCCUCCACUAAGUUCCCCCUGCUCUCCCUGGGCGGAAAGCGCAAAGACAAGAUGAAGGGCGCCAAAGGGGCCGAGCUGCACAGCAAUGGGGCCCUUGUGUGGGCGGUGAUGGUGAACAGCAUCGAUGAAUGGGAGGCCGGAGAGCACAAGCUCCCCUGUUUGCUCGGCGUGUCGGCCGAGUCGGUGGUGCUCAUCGAGAGGUACUCGCGCAAGGUGGUGUUCAACUGCUCCUGUCGCGAUGUCAUUGGCUGGAAGGCAGUGACAGAGCCCAAAGACGGGGGGCCCUGCUUAGAUAUCUUCUACGAGCGCGGGGAGUCGGUGUCGAUCAGCAUGAUGGAGAACCAGGCAGAAGACAUACGAGAGGUGGUGCAGAGGCUUGAGCUGGUUACGAGGGGCUGCGAGGCGCUGGAGGUCACACCCCUGCGUGACGGAGUGGGGCAGCCCGGUUUCCUGAUGAACGAGGAGGGCUUUGUGACGGAGCUGCAGCGGUUUUGCUACGCUGAGAGCGGAGGCCUGCAGCUGUGGGCUCGCGUGGUGCGGCUAUGCGGGCACUCGCUGGUUCACCUGAGCCUCGACGAGAGGACCAGGCUGCUCCGCACCGCCCACAAGAUCCACAUCACCGUCAUCCCACCGGACGAGAAUGGCAAGCCUCGCAGGAGUUUCUCUGAGCUGUAUCUGAAAGCCAUCAAGGAUGCAGAAUGCAAGCCCGGUGAGAAUCAGUCAGGAGAGGCCUGGGUGCUGGACGAAAGGGAGGAAGAGGAGGAGGCGAAAAAAGAGGAUGAUGAUGUGAAGGCGGGCGGGGUCGAGGAGCCGGACACAAAGGAGGCGCAGGUGGAGACCGACGAGGGCGAAGAGCAGCUCUGCGAUAAAGUGGAGAGCGAGGGCAAUCCGUACUCGCUCCUCACAAUGCCCAGCUUACCUUUGUUACGAGCCACAUCUCUGCAGGACCAGCCGGCCAAGCAGGGCCAGGAGGGCAGCGCCUCGCAGCUCCCGCGCAGCUACUCUCUGGAAAAACAGCUGUCCUACAGCGACACUUGCGACGCGGGGCACGUGUAUGACAAUGUGGGGUUGAAGGUUGAACACCACAUCUAUGAGAACAUCGGGGAGCUGAGGGAUGCCACACCUGAUCUGAUCCUGGAAGUCAAACCGAAGGUUCCCCUCGAUGACGAGCAGUUCACGGGGGCCGAGUUUGGCGAUGACAAAGCCUCGGCGAGUGACUCCUCUCUCUCGUCUUCGCGGCUGUCAAGUGUGGACCGAGCUGAAAGAAAUUCACGAGCCCUGAGUCUUCAUAACUCUAUCACCAAGAUUCUCUCGGAGACAACAGAUUCGACUGAGGAGGAGUGGCAGUCGAUUUCUGACCUGGCCACAGCCUGCCGCAACAUCCUGGAGGCUUUGUCACGAGAGGACCGCAAAGCCGGAGACCCCUCCCAAGCAGGCGCUGAUCAAACUGACGGCAAGCCAAAAGAAUCAAAGGAAAGUGACUCUCCAGGCCACCUGGAGGAGAAGGUGUCGCAGCUGGAGGCCAUGCUGAAGAAGCUGCAGGAUGACCUGCAAAAGGAGAAGGAGGACAAGGCGGUGCUGCAGGCCGAGGUGCAGAGCCUCAGGCAGAACAACCAGCGGCUGCAGGAGGAGUCACAGAGCACGGUGGCCCGUCUCAUCAAAGUCACCGAGCUGCUGUGCAACGUCAACAAGCCCUGUUAGCUUCACCGCCGCACGUGCGUGCACGCACGGAAAUCAGCGGAGUGAUGCAAAUCGUACAGUGCGUUUUUUUUUUACGCUCGACACAUUUACUUUGUUCUGACAUAUUUGAAAACACACACACAUACCUAUCCUCUUUAAUCUCACAGUCUCUUGUCCUGAAUCCUGGACUUGCCUGCUGGUGAGGGAGUAUGCAAAUCAAUUUUUAGGGGAAAAAAAAGACAUUUAACACCCUGUGAUGACCUUUGCAGGCUGACCGGCACAGCCUGCUGUGUUGAUGUGCUAUGCCAGAGUGCUUCUAGUAGUGUGUGUGUGUGUAUGUAUGAUUCGGUGUGUGUGAGUGGAUGUGUGUGCGUCUAUAUUGCUUCAAAUACUUGACGAGCUGGGCUGAAUAGCACUUGCUUAAAAAGACUGAGAGACGCUGAAUAGCAUGUUUGGUGGUGUUUUAGCCAAAAUGACCAAAAGUGUAUAUAUAUAGUUUAUGUAUGUAAAUAUAUAUACACACAAAGUGUAUAUAUAUAUAUAUAUAUCACCAGUAAUAUAUGUGAAUUGUAGUACUGCUAUCCUCUCUGCCAGACAUGUAGUUGCAAUGUCUGAGUGUGGUUCUGGCUGAUAGUGUGGAAGGCCUUGAUGUAAAACACAAGAAGGAGGGAGAAAAAAGGAGGGAGACAUGAGAAUUACAAGCCUGUAGGCAGCCUUCUACUUCAAAAGAUGUAAUGACUGUAACUGACUCGCUUCAGAGUCCAUUACGUAAGGACAUCACACUCCCUGCCCUCUUCACUUCUCAGUAGUACUGUAUUUAAGAAAUUCUCUUUUUUAGGGAGAGACUAUUAAAAAAACGAAAGAAAGAAAAAGCCGUAAACUGGAAAUGCUUAAAAAAAAUGAACUGAGCAUGCUUGUCUGUCUGAAGUACGUGUGGGGAAAAAAAGAGUGUUAAAGGGACGCUGAAUAAGGGUUAUACCUCUCCUGAAGACACAGACUACUGCAGGAAAGAACUGCUCCGGCUUCCUUCCAUGAUUGCCUGUAGCUGUUAUCUUCUAACCUCACUAUUGUAGCAGCCAUACUGUAGAAGAUCUCCUCCUGCUGGCCUGAACCACUGAAUGCCAAAGGGCAGCUUUUUAUUUCAGCUGGCAAAAUAGCUUUAGGUGUCCGAAUAAAAGCACCUUUGAACUGAUAGUGAAAUACAGAAUAUUGUAUUUAAAUAUGUUUUGUGUUUGGCGGGUGUCUACCGUGACUAUUUUUGGGGUAAUUGUUUACUACUGCUCAUGAGUGGUGGCAGUAAGGACGAUAGGUGAAGUCUUACCUUUCCACCCUGGUGUGUGUUUGUGUGUGUGUGUGUGUGUGUUUCUGUGUCAUUCUUGCACUUUUUUCCCUUUUUUUUUUGUUUUUGUAAAAAUUAAACCCACGGUGGGGCACAUACUGUACUUUAUUUAGGCUGCCCAGGUAACGUCUUGUUCAACAUAAGAAGGUGGUGAGAUCUCAUCCCCCUGAUGCCACCUUACCUCACCUUUCUGUGUCCACUGCUGACGAACAAAGUGCGUUCAGAGGAGUUUUGGACUGCUUCUCCUCAGUGCCAACGAAAAGCCCAGGCAGCUCUCCCAAAACCCCACACAAACUAAUCUCCAAACUCUGAACUCUGAACUCCAAGGAAAAAAAAAAUGGGAAUGCCAAACGUUCGCUGGACGCCCAGAAUCCGUUGUUUCUUGUACAAACUUCCUCUUGUAAUUUUACUUUAGAGUCACUGUGAAUACCUGGUACCAGCAUAUUAAGAUACGGUAUAUACAGAUUAAAUUAUGAAUCGAAAACUUUAUCAGUAUGCGAAGAUACUGUAUGUACAACUGAACUGCUCCAUGUUAGUGCAUUGGGUUGUGUAUGCCUUCCGUUUUGCAGGACGAUGACCAAUAACCAAUGCAGACGAGUAUUAAUCGUGGCCGGCGGGCUCCUGUUUGAUCUCCUCUUCAUGCUGAAGCCUCGAGGGCUCCGAGAAGACCCGUUUUACUGUAUCUUGUAUAGUUAUUUAGAUUGUAGGAGAGGUUGGUGAAGCAUGAGAAUGUGCCAAGCACCUUCUGAGCUCCCCUCCGUAUGUGUGUAUCUAUAAAAUGUAACUUAUUAAUCAUUGCAAAUGUGGAUUUUCUUGUAGCUGUUUUAACUGGAGGAAAGUCGUGAGGAUGAAAAUGUGAAACGAGGCAGAAAGGAAGUGGGCUUGCUUCUAAGUUUGACUUUCUUUUGUAGACAACCAGCAACUAUGAUAUAAGAUGACAAAAUGCUAUCUGAAACUCUUUAAUGUAACUAUGGGUCUUGUUAUUGUUCGAGCUUUUUCAGCUAUAGCUCUUUCAUAUUUGAUAAGGUCUUAAAAAUAACACCAUUAGGUACGCCUUAAUGUGUAAAUCAGAAAGGAUGGUCCAACUGGUCAUACUGGUGUUAAUGUGAAGGCUUAUUUCUCUGACUUUGUGCCUACCUUAAAAAAAAAAGAAGUAAUGUAUGCUAACCCAGCUUAGAGUUUUCAUUUCUUUGACUUUGGUUGCACUUUUGCUUUAUUUCCAUUUUAUUUUAUUUUUAUUUUUUUGUGCCAGAUGAAGGAUUUUCUAAGAGACCACGACAACAUCUGGUCUCAUCCCGCUGGUUGAGGAAAAGUCAUUUGGGUGCCACGUGAUCCGAAGGUCAGAUAAUAAUAAAUGUGUGUUGUUAAUCUCAAGCAUCACCGAAGCUUCACACAGCUCGACGAGUACCACAGAUUGUUAAGAGAAGCGACAUAUAAAUAUAUAUAUGAUUUUUAAAAGUGAAUAAAAAGGAAAAAGGUGCUUAAAA